AUGACAGAACCUGAUAAUGUUAUUGCCGAUAUUCUAAAGAAGAUCGAACGUGAAAGGAAUAUCGCUAUCGGUGCCAACAAUCUCCGUAAGGAGACAAGCAAUGCUCAUGUAAUUCAACGAUGCAGCACUCAGAUUAGAGAGGCGCAGAAGAACAUCGAAUAUUUGGAGGAGACUCUAAAGAAGAUGACUCUCAAACAAAGGCAGCAACAACAGAGGCACCAUCAUAAUCACAAUGGAGAGGGCAAAUCAGACGGGAGCAGCGAGUCACAGUCUGAAGAAGAAGAAGAAAAGACCCCUGUUCAUAAGCCGGCCUUUACCGUGUUGGACCUACUCAAAUACGAGUGUCCUUCGUUGGGACAUCGUAUUCAGUACAUGCUUCAGUUGCUUCAAUUCAAGAUGCAGGUGGAGGAGCAGUACCGCGAGGCCAACGAGAAGAUAUAUAAACUUUACGAAGCUGAUGGUGAUCGCAAAAGUCUUUCGAUGGCCCAGGAGCAGAGAUUGGAUAGUGAUAGGAGACUGCAACUUAUUAGAAAGUCUCUUAAACAAUACCAGUCUUUAUUUGUUGAUGUUGAUGAGGUGGCCCGAGAAAAUGCUGUUAUCAACACAUACCAUAAGAAUUCUUUGACCGGUGUUCUUUCACUCACUAUUACUGCCAUUAGAAACGUCGACCACAUAUCUUCACCUUUGUUGGAGCGUAAUCCGGAGUGUACUAUUGUCAUAAAAGUCGAUGACACAACCAGAGGUACCACGAAAGCUGUCAGAACAGACCGUUGGAACGAGAAUUUUGAUAUUGAGGUGUCUCACGCAAACGAGCUUUCUUUCACGAUCUAUGAUAAACAGGGAAACCAAGACAUUCCCGUGGCCCUGUGUUGGCUACCACUUUCGGAUAUCGCCGAAGAGAUUCGUCGUAAGAAAGUUAGUCAACAAAGAGGUCAGCAGGAUACUUGGAUUAGCGCCUCAUCACUACAACAGCAUCCGGGAUUUUCAUCGAAUACAACUAUGGGUCCCCAGGCAAAUAAUAAUGGCAUCAUCAGUUCGGGCAGAGACUCAUUGACGCUUCCCUCAUCCGGCUCAUCUUUUUCGAACUCAUCACCGAACGAUGCUUCCAAUAUUACAUCGAGUUGCUGGUUUGAAAUGGAACCAUCGGGACAGAUUCUCGUAACUUUGGGCUUCAUCAAGACAGAGAAAGCUAACCAAUCACCUGCAUUCAACGGAUUAGGCCGUCACGGUGCUAUUAGACAGCGCAAGGAGGAGGUCACAGAAUACCACGGCCACAAGUUUGUUCAAAAGCAGUUUUAUAAUAUCAUGUGCUGUGCCGUCUGCGGUGAUUUCCUACGUUAUUCCGGUUUUCAAUGCGAAGAUUGCCGCUUUCUUUGCCAUAAAAAAUGCUACAAGAAUGUGAUUACCAAGUGCAUUUCGAAAUCGAGCACCGAAACCGACAGUGAUGAUGAGACUACGCUAAAUCAUCGUAUUCCUCACAGAUUUGUUCAAGUCACUAAUCGUGGAACCAAGUGGUGCUGCCAUUGCGGUUAUAUACUUCCAUGGGGUAAGAAAAAUAUUCGCAAAUGUGCAGAAUGUGGUAUCAUGUGUCACGCUUCUUGUGCUCAUCUUGUUCCAGACUUCUGUGGUAUGUCUCUUGAGAAGGCUAAUGAGAUAUUAACAGCCAUCAAGAUGGCACGGGAAAGGAAGGCUUUGAAUGAUGCCAGGAAACAAAAACUGCAAGGGCUACAACAACAACAACAACAACAACAACGGAGCCAGCUUCAGCAGGCAGAAAAAAUCCAGGAGGCUCAGAGGGCCCAUCGCAUUCAUAAGGUGUUGCCACAGGUACCUAAGGAGAUACCAUAUGGCCAACAUGGAUUAACUAAAGCCGAGCAGCAGGAACAAAAGAAACAAGGACCACGAGACCAGCCUAGAUUUCAACUUCCGGGUUCUCAUGAACUUCUGCCAGUUCCUGCUCACCAAAUCCCUCAAGCAUACAAACCUUCAUCAUUACCAGAGGCCUAUCCACAGGGGGCUGUUACUCGGGAUGUUACUAGACCUGUCUUGAAGGAGAAGAAGCCGUCGGAUACGCCUUCUGCAUCCUCACAGCAGAGUGCAGUGUCCGCUAAAAGUGUGGGUGCAGAGAUAAAUGGGGGUGCUCUGAACAUCUCUGACGUUACUGCCACUGUUGGUCAACAUAUCCAUCACCAUCAUAGACAUAAGCAUCGUCAUAGACAUGGACUCGAUGAUUUCCGAUUCAUUGCAGUUCUUGGUAAAGGUAACUUUGGUAAAGUUAUGCUUGCAGAGUCGGUUCAUACCAAAGAGCUUUGUGCCAUCAAGGUGUUGAAGAAGGAUUUCAUAAUUCAGAAUGAUGAAGUUGAAAGCACCAAAUCGGAGAAGCGGGUUUUCUUGAUCGCCAAUAAGGGUCAUAACCCAUUUUUACUCAACCUUCAUCAAUGCUUCCAGACCGAAAAUAGGAUUUAUUUUGUCAUGGAAUACAUUGCAGGAGGUGAUUUAAUGUGGCAUGUUCAGCAGAAGAGGUUCACUCAGAAGAGAGCGCAGUUUUAUGCUGCAGAAGUUCUUCUGGCCUUGAAGUUCUUGCAUCAGAAUGGCGUGAUAUACCGUGAUUUGAAAUUGGAUAAUAUUUUACUCGCCUCUGACGGUCACAUUAAACUGGCAGAUUACGGUCUUUGCAAGGAAAAGAUGUGGGCUGGUACUAAGACGUCUACUUUCUGUGGUACUCCAGAGCUUAUGGCCCCAGAGAUCUUGAAAGAGCAAGGCUACGAUAAGGCAGUUGAUUGGUGGGCCUUUGGCGUCUUAUUGUAUCAGAUGCUUCUUACGAAAUCUCCAUUUCGCGGUGAAGAUGAAGAUGAAGUGUUCAACUCUAUCUUGACAGAUGAGCCAUUGUAUCCUAUUAAUAUGGCUAAAGAAGCAGUUGACAUUCUACAACGAUUACUUACUAGAGAUCCCACAAAGAGACUCGGAGCAGGGACUCAUGAUGCAGAGGAUAUUAUGAAGCAUCCAUACUUUGCCAACAUCAAUUGGGAUGAGAUUUAUCGCCGUCAAAUGAUCCCACCAUAUGUUCCGGAGAUAAGGGAUCCAAGAGCCCCAGCCUGCUUUGAUGAAGAGUUCACAUCUCAGGCUGCCAAAUUGACUCCAGUGAACUCUAUAUUAUCUCCGUCCAUGCAGGAGAUGUUCCGUGGAUUCACUUAUACUAAUGACGAGAGUAAUGUAUAA